AUGGAGACUAGCGAGCGGGUUUCCUAUCAUCUCCGGUCCGAGCCGAGCCAAACUCAGACCAGAUCAAAUAAGAUCAGUGUGUAGGUUUUUUUUUUAUAUAGAAGCACACAAUCAAACAUUCAAACACUCCUCUUUCACUCUUUCACUCACUCAAACACUCACCAGACUCUCGCACAUACAAGCCAUUCAAACUAUGAGAAACAGGAACAUCCGGGUUGCUUUUAAAGCUAAAUGCCGCAGGGAAUUAUGGGAGAUUAAAAGCAGAAAAUAGUUGUAUAGCGACCCCAUGUGGCCAAAAUACUUCCCUUUCUUUCUCCUUUUGUAUUUGAUAGUUCUUGCAAUAAAGAAGAAACUACAGUUUUACACUGUUUUACAAAUUACAAAUACAAAUAAGAAUUUAAAAGCUUAUUAAUAAUAAACAAAAAUGAACAAAAUAAAUGAAACAGACACAUUCAGUUCAGACAGGAAUUAUAAAUAAUUUACAGAAAUAGCCUAUGGUAGGGGAGGGAUUCAUUUACAACUGAUAAAUUGAUUGUAAAUGUAAUUUCAAAAGGCAGUCAUCUUUGCAAAAUUUAACAUGAUAUACAUAACUGCAUUUUAAAUGCCUGUGAAAUACUUAAACUAUUGGUCUCAAUACAUUUGCCCUGAUUCAGGAAUAAGACCUCCAAUGGUGAAUGAAUAAAUAAAGUAUGCAAAUAUAAGUCAGUCAUUUAAUCUAUUAACAAGGUUCUUCAUUAAAAUGUUCACAAAUGAAUUACUGUAAAAACCUUUAACAAUUUCAAUACACUGCUGAAACAGUGGCUUAUAAAGGCAUAUAUGUUAACACUGAAUGAAUGAACUGGUCUUAUAUAUGUAUGUACACGCACAUAUAAAUACACACAUACACCUACUGUAUGUCAGUGCAUACAGUCAUGUACAAUAAAUACACUCAGAGACACAUUCACAUACAUACAGUCUGUUUAGUCUGUUCUGUUGUUUUAGUUGUUUUUACCCUUAAAGGCCAAACUGUUGCAUUUCUUUUUUUUAUUUAACGUUUGUCUGUUUUGUCCCAUUAAAUUAACCAACAACCAGAGAAGCAAACAAAUACAUAAAGUUUGUUCUAUGUAAUAUUGGACUGUAGUGGUUCUGAUGCUCAGAGACUACACAGAUAAACCAAGGAUAAGACAGUGUGUGUGCCCAAAGAUGCACAGUUUAGAUUACUUCCAUCUCCAUGUAAAAAAUUAGUGAAAGAGUUCAAGUGUAGGAAACACAACAUAGCGUAAUUAAUUGUUAUACUUAUACGGCAUGUCUCUAAGCAAUAAGAACCAAUUAACUAAAGAGUGAAUCAGUGUUGGUUUGCCCGAAAGCCUUUCUUUUUAUUUUCUGUCAGGAUUAAUGGGCUCGGUGGUGGAGGAGCCGACUGGUACUAGCUAGUGAGGUGCUAGGUUGGCUUUAAGCUGUAUUUGUGUCUGCGGCAAUUAACUAAUCUAACAUCCUGUGCCUUGUGGGGGUUGUGAGGUAAGCUUGAAUGGCGUAAUAAGAUUUCCGAUUCUACUACCACUAUUGACUACUGCUAGGGGGCACAUUGAGUCUGAGGAUCCUUCAUCAGCAGCAAUAUGUUGGACCUGGACGCAGCAAAGAAACAGACAACAGGCAGACUAUGUGAGGAGGUGUGAUUCUUUUCAACAAUGGACUAAAACAGCAACACUGUUAUCGGACAGAAACAGUGGACCUCCGCUAUCCUGCCAUGGAGGGGUCAACUGCAAGAAAAAAAACAGGAUAUGGACAUCACAAAAAAGAGACCCACCCUCCGCUGUGCCGUCAGUCCACAGCAGACUUCGAUGAGAGCGCUCUGCCCAGGAGACUGAACGGUUCCCCGGUGGAGCCACCCAGCUACCAGACCCUGCACCGAGAGCUGCUCCUGAGCCAUAAACGGGGCCUGCUGCUGGAGGAGAAACCAGAGCUGAAGCGAGUGUUGGAGCAGCGAAGACUGGAGCUGCACAAGGAGGAGGAGAUGGCACAGCGGCGGCCCUCAGAUCUGGAGACGGAGCUCCGCAAGAGGCAGCUGAAGUUGGAAGAGUAUGAGCAGGAGGAGAUCAGGCGGAGGGAGGACCAGCAGAAGAUCCCAGAGUUCGUCCGUGUGAAGGACAAUCUGAGGCGAACGCAGAUGUCUGAGCAGUGAGGCCCCCAAGGUUCCCAUCAGCUCCUGCAGCAUCUCACCACUGUGGCCCUAUCUGCAUGUUCACUGUCAGCGGAGUCACAUAUAAAGAAAUAUCACAGAAUCAUACCAGGAAACAUAUAAUCCACACUUAGACAUGUCUUCCAAAAGCUUUGUCACAGUUCUGUUUCUGAUGAGGGAGAAGAAGUGCUCAGUUCAUAUUCACAAUUAUGUGGAUCAAUACUUGUUAAAGGAAAACUACUAUUGUUAAGAGAGUGGAUAUUUUUUAUGUUUUUUAUGGUCAUUAUUCUUUUUUUUUGUCAAAUGAACUUCUCAUGCUUCUUCCUGGAUUAAAGGAGACUGUUUUAUUAUUUGUUUAGUGGAAGGACCACAUCGGUCUGAUUCUUUACUUUCUGUAAGAUCACAAUAUGAUUCUUAAAAUAAACAACUAUUUCUGAACAGAACUGUUUUGUAUCAAUAGAAAUGUGUUACACAUUUGUAUGUUUGUUUAUCUGUCUCUGUCAUGACUUUUGAUUUUUAGUGUGUCCGUGUGCUGUGGAAAUAAAAGGCUUUAUGGUUUGCA